ACGCCGCCGAGCAGCGCGGACGCGGACGAGGCCAACUACACGGAUUGGACUGGCUGGCAAGGCUGGUGGACCCGACAAGAGAGCUCCACCUGGGACGGGGGAGGACGAGACUUGGACGCUGGCUUGUCCAAGACGGCGCCGAGCUACGAGCUCCUGAGGACCGACGGCUAUCGAGUCUUCCGACGCAAGCUGGAAGUCUUCGAGCGGUGCGGCAGGAAGCGCGGCAUGACCGCGGUCAGCGAGGGAGCGUUCUUGGUCAUGAACUCGCUGCAAGGUGAGGCCGCGAAGGCCACGGAGGACAUCGACCUGGAAUUGCUAGAGACGGAAGAGGCUUUCAGGCCAUUGUUCCAGGUUCUGGACGAGCCCUACAAAUACGACAACCAGACCGAGUUGCCAGCCCGUACAAAUCUCUUCUUCGGCAAGUUCGCUCACCAAGAGAAGGAGAGGAUGAAGCUGUACUUCCUUCGCCACAAGAUGGGGCUCAGGAAGCUCAAGGAGGUCAGGAUUGAGGUCCCCGACAUGCUGGCGGGCUGGCACCUCCUCACACGAGCGGAUGUCCCACCAUCGGGCGCCGCCCAGGUUCGCAGUCAAUGCGUGGACGGUCUCUGUCGGACGACGGUGAAGAAAGCCCUGCUCGACACGUAUGGAGCCGAAGCUAUGCCCGACAAGCGCGACGUGAAACGAGUAGAGAAAAUACUGGUCGGACAUAGCUUGAAGGACGACGUGAACUACACGAACGACUACGAGUGGAAGCGAGGCCUGUGCUACGAAGAAUCUUACCUGGAGGAGGAAGAGUACGAGGACGACGAGGAGCAAGACUACGACGAGCACGAGGAGGAGACCGACGUCGCAGAGGAGCUGCCGCAGGAGGUCGAGGAGGCCCAAGUGGCGUGCGACGAGGCCUACCUCAGCUUCGUGGGCGCGAAGAAGCGCGCGGCGGAGAUCGCCAAGGCCGGAGGAUUCUACCCGAUCGUCGCCCUCGACCCCGAGAGCAACUACCAGCGCGACGGCAGCGCACCCACGCUCAAGCGCUGUAGGCACGGUGGCUUCACUAAGCCCGAGGACGAGGCACCCAUGGUGGAGGAUGUUGAGACGCUGGAGUACGCCAACUCGACCGAGGAGAUCUUCCUGCUGACCGCAGGCAAGGGCAUCAACGAUGGAAGUGCCACGCGACCCGUCAUGGGCGACAAGGCUGUAACACUGACGGUGUGGCCGUUCGGCGUCAAGAAACAGAUCGCGAUCCAUCUCGUCGAGGGCUGGCCGCCGCUGCUGAUCGCACGACCCUGCAUGGAGGAGUGGGGCUUGAUGCAGGACUAUCGAGCUGAAACGUUCAUGAUGAAGGAUCUCCCCGACAAGGGUUGGAUGAAGUCCGAGCGCGGUGAGAAGGGCCCGUUCAUCAUAGACCUGUUGGGCGGAGCUGGCCGCGACGCCGACGACGCCAUGAACGAGGGAGACUCGUCGGCGCCAGACCCCAACCCCUUUUACCUGGAGACGCGGACGGAGUUCUACGACAUCGGCAGCGACGAUGAGACCCUGGCCACCGACGAGGUCGCGGGCCCAGAGCGCCACCUGAUGGAUACGGACACCCACUCGGACCUGGCCCUGGCGCUGGAGCAGGCGGAGUCCGACAUGAAGGACACGCUGCGCGGGCCGCGCAAGCGGAUGGUAUGGGAGGUCUCCGUGGAUCAUGGGGCCCUGUCGCAGGAGCUGCUCGAGUUCCUGCAGGUCGAAAUGCUCCAGUUCAAGAUCGAAGACGGCUGGGACUUCUCCAAGCACGCCGUGACCCGCAACUUCCUAGACAAGAUCAACAUUGACAAGCUCGACGAUAUCUUCUUCGCUCCCCCGCGCAAGUACUGGCGCUCCUGGCUGACGUUUCUCAAGAUGAUUCCGACGGCGUCUGCGAAGCAGCAGAACGGAACCGACAGGCGCACGUGGAAGGCCCCGAAGUACAAGGUCCAGGGCAAGGACAUGCCCUACCAGAAGCGCACGAUACUGCAGUCGACCAACAAGGAGUUCAUUCACCACAUGGACCUGGCAUGCGCACGCAGGACCACGUGA